CUUGACUCGACCUCGACCUCCGAGUCUUCCUUUCUUUCCUUCCGUCUCAACAAGGGCAAGGGCCAUGCUCUGAAAUUGCUCUUUAACUGGGCAACCUUAAAUCCCGCCAUUCGCUUAUCCCUCCCCCACCUCUCCUUCUCUCCCUACUGAUAUGUCGUCCUCUUCCUUACCCAUUGCGGUCGAUCCGGUCGCGUUGGUGACUACAGAAUGUAUCACCGUCACCUCGGCUAUGCGCAAACAUGCUCGCUGGGCUCAUUCCUCUGUCUCAGCCAUAUUAGGUGGGGGCGCUGCCUCUCGAGUCUAUGACCGGGACACGUCCAAUCCCCCUAGCCCCCGCAAUGGCCCUGCAACGUCUCGCUCCAGAUCGAGGUUGUCCGCCGUCGACGAAGAUCAUGCCCUGGCAAAUCGAUGGGGCUUGCGGGGAAAGAAAGGCAAAAGCAUGCAGGACAAUCCCCUUAUAUCUGCAUUUGCACGACUACGGAGUGAUCUGAAGGACUGCAGAGACAUUAGGACCUUUGACACACCCGCUUUGCUUCAUCCGUUCCUCCAAGUCAUUCGUUCCUCAUCCACCUCCGCCGCAAUCACCUCGCUCGCCUUAGUCGCGCUGACCAAGUUCUUUGCGUACAACAUAAUCAACCAAGAUUCCCCGCGACUAUCCAUGGCCAUGCAGCUCCUGUCUGCUGCAAUCACCCAUUGCCGGUUCGAAGCUAGUGACUCCGCGGCGGAUGAAAUUGUUCUGUUGAGGAUCCUAAAACUGAUGGAGGGGAUUUUGUCACGGCCAGAGGGAGACUUACUAGGCGAUGAAAGUGUCUGUGAAAUGAUGGAGACAGGUCUGAGCAUGUGUUGCCAAGUCCGUCUCUCGGAAGUACUACGGAGAUCGGCUGAGAUGGCCAUGGUCAAUAUGUGCCAGGUCCUCUUUAUGCGACUGUCGCAUUUAGAUGUGCCAGUCGACUCGGAUCCUUUCAAUCCAGCUGUGGGUGAUAACGAGCCGACCAUUCUUAAAAUGGACCCUUCGGUUGAUGGGAACACGGUCACCUCACAACACCCUUCCGCCAUGGGUUCAGACACGGCAACCCCGGGCCGUGAACGAAGUAGCGGGGAUGAACAUCCAGAGCAAACGCUCAAUGGAAUUGCUGUAACCGCUCCCCCCAAUCCGCAGGACGACCUCGGGGAUGAAGUCAAGCCGUAUUCGCUGGCUUCUAUCAAGGAGCUGUUCCGCGUGCUCAUUGACCUUUUGGACCCCCACAACCGGCAACAUACAGACCCUAUGAGAGUCAUGGCGUUACGUAUCAUCGACGUGGCUCUAGAAGUCGCCGGCCCCUCUAUUGCUAGGCAUCCUAGCUUGGCUACUUUAGCUCAAAAUGACCUCUGCCGACACCUCUUCCAGCUGGUUCGAUCCGAGAGCAUGCCGAUUCUGACAGGAUCGCUCAAGGUCGCGGGGACUUUGCUGCUGACGUGUCGCUCCGCCCUGAAACUCCAACAAGAGCUUUACCUUUCAUACUUAGUCGCCUGUCUUCAUCCACAAGUAGAAAUACCGAGAGAGCCUGGUAUCGAUCCGGCCCUUUACAAUGGAGUGCCACAAGCACCGAAGUUGGUGAAGCCCCCUCCCUCACAAUCCAGUAGCGGAAGAUCCACACCGGUACCUGUGAAGGACAGGCAGAAGCUCGGUUUGGAGGGCGGUUCCAGGAAGCCGGAAGCCCGGGAAGCGAUGGUUGAAAGCAUUGGCCUGUUGGCGCGGAUCCCAAGCUUUAUGGUGGAGUUAUUUGUCAACUAUGACUGCGAUGUGGAUCGCGCGGACCUUUGUGAGGAUAUGAUCGGAUUACUUUCUCGAAGUGCUUUCCCUGACUCCGCCACAUGGAGCACGACCAACGUGCCACCGCUAUGCUUGGAUGCCCUUCUAGGCUACGUUCAGUUCAUAUUUGACAGAUUGGAUGAAACACCUGUACAUGAAGGCUUUCCUCCCAUAGAGAAUCUUAGAAGCCAGCGCAAAACGAAGAGGAUCAUUAUUCACGGGGCUCAGAAAUUCAACGAGGACCCCAAGGGCGGAAUCGCUUACCUUGCAGCUCAGGGUGUAAUUCAAGAUCCGGAUGAUCCCGUCUUGAUAGCCAAGUUCUUGAGACAAACGACGCGAGUCUCAAAGAAGGUUCUGGGUGAGUUCAUCUCGAAACGGAACAACGAACAGCUUCUGGAUGCCUUUGUCGAUCUUCUCGAUUUUUCUGGGAAAACAGUGGUUGAUGGGCUCCGCGAUCUUCUUGGUGCUUUUCGUUUGCCCGGCGAAUCUCCUCUGAUUGAGAGGAUUAUAACUACAUUUACCGAUAAGUUCAUGCAGAAAGCACAGCCUCCAGAGAUUGCCGAUAAAGAUGCAUUGUUUAUCCUGACAUAUGCCAUUCUCAUGCUGAACACAGAACUUUAUAACCCCAAUGUUAAAUCACAGAAUCGCAUGUCCUGUGCAGGCUUCUCAAAGAACUUACGUGGAGUCAACGGAGGACAAGACUUUGCACCCGAGUUCCUUCAAGCGAUCUACGACUCUAUCGAGCAGAACGAGAUUAUCCUACCAGACGAGCAUGAUAACAAACAUGCGUUCGAUUUUGCAUGGCGGGAACUCUUGCUAAAAUCAUCCACCGCUGGGGAACUGGCAGUGGGUGAAACCAACAUCUAUGACGCGGAGAUGUUUGAAGCUACCUGGAAGCCAGUUAUCGCAACCCUUUCGUACGUUUUUAUGUCGGCUUCUGACGAUGCCGUAUAUUCUCGUGUUGUCACAGGCUUCGACCAAUGUGCUCAGAUUGCCGCUCGCUAUGGUCUGACUGAAGCCUUUGACCGCAUUGUCUUUUGCCUCGCCUCGAUCAGCACCCUAUCGACGGACAAGCCUCCAAGCACCUCGCUCAACACGGAGGUACAAGCUGGACAAAAGCGGGUGAUGGUCAGCGAGCUAGCUGUAAAAUUCGGAAGAGAUUUCCGAGCACAGCUAGCUACUGUGGUUCUCUUCCGGGUCCUUGCUGGCAACGAAGCUGCGGUGCAACAAAGCUGGGAGUACAUUGUUCGAAUUCUCAGCAAUCUAUUCAUCAACUCUCUCAUUCCUCCAUUCAAUGCUAGCCUUAAUGCUGACCUUGAAAUCCCUCCAAUUCCCUUGCAGCCGCCGUCGCAGGUGGUGGACCGUGAUGGAAGAGGAAAUGAAACCGGACUGCUCUCGGCUUUUACGUCCUACCUCUCCAGUUAUGCUGCUGAUGAUCCUCCGGAGCCAUCAGACGAGGAACUUGACAACACCCUUUGCACUGUGGACUGCGUAACAGCGUGUUCGAUUAACGACGUUUUAGCCAAUAUCAAGUCAUUACCCUUGUCGACAGUCUCAACAGUGGUGGAGACAGCGUUGGCCCUUCUGCCUGAAGAGUCUGCUCCAGCAGUCAUUGUUGUAAAGUCAGAACGGCCAUCAAGGCCGACAGGUGGCAGGCUCGACGCUAACAGGUCAAACUACGAUCCCGGAAUGAUGUAUCUCUUGGAAUUAGCCACUAUCCUUACCCUUCGCGAUCAAACUACACUCGAGGCAGUUGGCGAGAGACUACUGGCUGCCUUACAAGCCUUCAUGCGUGAUGCAAGAAAUCUGCACUCGCUGGCUUUAUCGCGAAUCAUCUAUUAUCUGUUGAAUCUGCUACGGUUGAGCCAUGACCAACCUUUCAUGCGAGUACCCGUCAUUCUUCACGGCAUCUCCGGCUUUGAUCAGGAUAUUCUGGAGAGUGUCGCUGCUCCUGUGAUUGAAGGGCUUUCGCGCUGCAUCUCGAAUGCAGGCCUUCUAAGAAAUGAGAUCACUAUCUCGCCCGACUUCUGGUCAAUCCUGCAAAGGUUGCAUCAGCAUAAAGAGGCCGCUCCUCUCGUAUUUGAUCUACUUCAAACGAUCGUGGACACAACGCCGCCAAUUAUUACCGGUGAUAAUUAUGAGUCUGCUGUAAGCCUUGCGAAUGAUUUUGUUAGCGCUGGUAGCGUGGGCUACAUUGAUGAACGACAACGAGAUGCGCACUCUCGGCGCCCGAAAGGGGCUAAGCCAUCAAAGUCAAGUGAAAAUGAACUGGUUGCUCGUGGAUUGACGGCCAUCGGUCUGAUCUACCAACUAAGCCAGCGUGCCCCUGCGCUUAUCAAACAGUCACAUCUUGAAGAAGUCGAAGCCUGGUCCGCCUAUUGGUCUCCCAUCUUCCAUUCCCUGACAGCUCAGUGCAUUAACCCUUGCCGGGACAUCCGACACCAUGCAGUAUCGACUCUGCAGCGUUCGCUCCUCUCAGUUGAGAUAAGCUCGUCCAAUGAGAAAGAAUGGACCGCUAUUUUCGACCAGGUUCUUUUCCCCCUCACUCUCCGGCUGCUGAAGCCAGAGGUUUUCCAUUCAGACCCUAUUGGAAUGGGCGAAACCCGGGUUCAAGCAGCCACUUUGGUCUGCAAGAUUUUCUUGCGUUAUCUCGAUCAACUUCCCAAUCCCAGUGGGAUACUCGACCUAUGGCUCAAGAUACUCGAUAUCCUUGACCGGAUGAUGAACAGUGGCCAAGGAGACAGCAUGGAGGAGGCUAUUCCAGAGAGUCUCAAGAAUAUCCUUUUAGUCAUGGCUGAUGGAGGUUACCUGGUCCCACCGCCACAGGAUGCUAAUAAAGAGCAGAUCUGGACAGAAACGAAGAAGCGCCUAGAAAGGUUUUUGCCAGACUUAUUCAAAGAAAUAUUCCCCGAGGUUCCUCCAGUGCAAUCCAUGCCAACCCCAGCAGAAACCUCCGCAGAUCCGUCGAACCGUGACGUUUCCAUUGACGACCAGCCCCAGGAGAACCAGCCAUCUUCUGAUACCCCAGAAGGCGAAUCUACGAACGAUGAAUCCAAAUAAUAGAGCAACUCCUUCCAGACACGGGCCCGUCAUGAAUCAGCAGACUACGUACUAUAUAGACCCGGCAUUUAUAGCAUAGGUAGCCAUUUGUUUGUUUUCGAUUAUUACAAUACAUGUAAAUAUAAUAUACAAUUGAUCCCAGGGAAAAGAGCCCUUGGGAUAUGGCGCUGG